AUGGUCGAGUCAACCACGAUCCAGUUAGGAGCAGACGACCCAGAGAUGGUUUUAGGAAUCGUGUGGAGGCCGGGCAAGGACACUCUCGGUUUUCAAGUGAAGCUGGACGAUAUCGUUUACACUAGAGGAGGUGGAGUUUCCGCGCUGCCUAUUUCCGGAUGCGGACGAGGUGAGAGGUUUGGAGCUACACACAUUUGCCGAUGCGUCCGAGGAGGCUUGUGCAGCAUCCUGCUACGUUCGCGUGAUCUACAGCGACCAACGGGUCUUGAUCCGCCUGUCAAGUCGGCCACCAAGCUGGCACCAUUGAAGACUGUGUCAGUUUGUAAGCUGGAGCUGAAUGCUGCCUUGAUGGGGGCCAGGUUGGCUCGUUUCGUCCAGGGCGCGUUGAGGAGAAGGUUCGACGCUCGAUUCUUCUGGACUGAUAGCAGCACGGUGCGGAGUUGGGUCCGUGGAACGUCAUCGCAUUACCAGGUGUAUGUGAGUCACAGGAUCGGCGAAAUCCAAACAAUGACCGAGCCGGGGGAGUGGCGGUAUGUUCCCGGACGCUACAACCCAGCGGAUGCUGCCACGAGAUCACAGUUGGAGGAGGAGAGUAUUCCGCCCUGUUGGAUAAACGGGCCGGAAUUUUUAUACGACAAGGAGGAGAACUGGCCAAUUGAUUUGCCGUGGACGGUGGCAAAAGAGGAGUUAAGGGCUGCCCACGUUCAUCUGAGCGUCACGGAACCGGCAUUUGACUGGACAGCGAUUAAGAUUACCGCUCGCGACCUCCCCGCCCUCAUCCGCCUAAAGGCUCCCUACGACGAACUGAUGAAGAGGUGCCAACAGGAAAGUUACCACUGCGAGCUGGAUAGGUUGAAGAGGAAGAAACCCAUCCGGCCAACGUCGGCGUUACUCCAACUAACCCCUAUCCUAGACGAGAAGGGUGUGCUCCGUCUUGGUGGACGGUUGGGAAGGGCCAAGUUGCCCUAUGAUAUACUCCACCCUCCCAUUUUACCGGGUAGACAACCGUUUGCCCGAGGUGUUAUUCAGGCAUUUCACGAAUCAAUGCACCAUGCGGGAACCGAUUUUGUAUUAGCUCAUGUGCGGCAGCAUUUUUGGGUCACUUCUGGACGGGAGGCGGUCAAGCGGGUGCGAAACAGCUGUGUACCUUGUCGACACUUCCGCCCAAAGGCUGCAAUUCAAAUGAUGGCGGACGUUCAUCGCGCAAGGCUUGGAGCUCGGCAACCGCCCUUUACGUUUACCUCGGUCGAUUAUUUUGGACCUAUCGACGUUACGCACGGACGGGGAUGUGCAAAGCGGUGGGGGGCACUUUUCACGAGCCUCGUCACUCGCGCAGUAUAUGUAGAGGUGGCGAUAUCUUUGACCGCUGGCGACUUUUUAUUGGUGCUACGACGUUUCGUCUCAGUUUACCGCAAGCCAGCCCACAUGUUUUCCGACCAUGGAACAAAUUUGACCGGAGCGGAGCGGCUGUUAAGGGAGGAGCUGGACCGACUGAAAGGCGAUGGAGAUCUGGAGGUGGAGCUGAGAGCUCUUGGAAUAGAGUGGUUCUUCCAGCCGGCCCAGACGCCCCAUUUUGGCGGCUCUCACGAGUCAAUGGUGCGGUCUGUCAAGAAUGCAUUGUAUGCGGCACUGGACUCGGAAAAGGCGGUGCUGCGGAACCCCAGCGACGAGAUUCUAAGGACCAUACUUUUUGAGGUGGCGGGAUUACUCAACACCAGACCACUCACUUAUACCAGUUCCGACCCAGACGAUUUUCGGCCCUUACCCCGAAUGAUUUUCUGA